GUCGACAUGCCCAUGAGUGCAUUUGCUGCUCAGAGCCUUGAUGACGAACUCAUCCAAUAUGUCAACUCUUCAGAUGAAGAGGAAAGCAAGCCGCAGCCGACUCUCGGGAUGAGUGCGAGCACUAGUACGCCGACGGUGUCGCGCCCCUUGACACGAAACCCGUCUGUUUCGGGGAACCUUGUCCAGUUGAUGGCAAUCCACACGUCUAAUUUCCACGUAACAGAUGAAAACGUGAUCUUUGGCGAUGAGUACGUGAUUUUUGGCUUGAAGGCGCACGAGAAUUUGAUUGUGCGUGGCCAGUACAAGCUAGUGAUCCAGCGAGGAGCGCUUCUGGUGAAUAACGACCUCUACCACGCAGACCCGCGCCAAAUCCAGAUCGUUGCCCCCAUGACAGGUGCAUUGCCGGUGCUCCAGCCAGCACAGGUGGUUGACAUGUCGCAGGUGACUGAUGACCGAAACAAGGAGAACGAGCAUCUUUUCUCCAGCGAUUACAAAACAGUGGUCAAGUUGUACAACUUCUUCACCGGAUUGGAGCGCAUUGGCACGAUGUAUCCGCCGUUGAAGAACAUUUUUGUGGACCAGACUCCCAGCGACGAGCCCAAAAGCGCAUUCGACCUUGCCUUGGAGUCCUAUUCGUUCAUUCCGAUUCUUGAAAAUAAAACCUUCGCCUUUAGCUCAAGCAACGGACUUAUCAUCCCCAAGCCCUGGGAAAUGUUUGUGAACAACAUGGUGGAAAUCAUCAAGUGCCAACACAAGACGGGGUACGAGGCAGUCUCCGCCGACCCUCCACGGAUCCUCAUCAUCGGCUCCAAAAACAGCGGAAAGUCCACCCUCCUUUCGCUUCUAGUCAAUUCCAUUGUCUACCAGAAUCUCAAGGGCGAGGAGUUGGACGAAUAUCCAUUGUCCGUGCUUGACGUGGAUCCCGGCCAGCCGAUCUUCUCCUCCCCGACCUGCAUCUCCUUGGGCUACAUGUCCCGUUUGGCCCAUCCUCCGUUGUAUGGUGGGUUUUCCGCGAUAAACACCGAAUAUGAAGACAAUUUCACGCUCUCCGAGCGCUUUUUGGGAACCUACUCGCCGUCGCAGAACCCAGAGCUUUACAAAACGGCCAUUGAAAGCUUGUAUCGGGAGUACAACCGCAGCCAGAAGCCUGAAGGGUGUCCCUUGGUAAUUAACACACCCGGCUGGAUCAAGGGCUACGGGCUUGAGCUAUUGUCCCACUUGACAGCUUUGGUGCGACCGACGCAUUUGGUCUAUCUCAGCAAUAACUUUUCGCAGGGCAUUCACACCCAGGGCAGCGACUUCGAACACCUCAACAUGCUCAGCUUCGACAACUACAUCAACCUCCCGGGAACCUACUCUACUGGGAAGUAUUCUGCACCGCAGAUUAGAACGUUCAAGACGCUCAGUUACUUCCACAAGCAGCUGGCACGGGUCCACGGCUUGCGGUACUGCUUCGACCCCUUGGUUGCAGCGGCGCCGUACGAGGUGUCAUACAUGAGUGACGAUCCCAAGGAUGAGAAACCGUCGGCUUUAUAUCUUGGAGUCACCGCCGUAUUGGUGUUGAACGCCGAGCAUAACGACGACAUUGCGUAUCACCGACAUUUGAAGGAGAUUUUGGAGACUUCCAUCGUGGGGAUGAUCGCCAUAGACGAGGAUCUCUACCAGAACGAGAUGAAACAAUACGUUGUGCACGCUGAGGGUGAGAACACUCCGAACUUGUUGCCUAUGGAGGCCUUUGCGAAGCUUGACUACGAGAGGUGCAAGUUCUUGGGACUCGCGUUGAUUCACUCCUUCAGCAAGACAAAACCCGAGUUGAGAAUGUACACCCCGGUAGAUACUGCGAAAAUCAGUGUGUACUUGAAGGCCACCGCGUCGCGGUUAGUAUUGAUGCGUGGCGAUUUAGAGACCCCAAUUUCAGAGCUCACACCGAAGGUGAUUGUGGAUAACUACAAGUACCACCGGAAGGAGAAGUUCAAGCCGAAGGAGAUUGUGUUGCCAUACGUGUCGUUGAAGCUGGGGCCGAAGAAGAGCGGGGUCGGUGGAGUAUGGAGGGUGAGACGGAACGUGAUGAGAAGGGGGCAGCAGUAGAAGUGACUGCAGUAGCAGGCACUGACUUUCACUGAUCAACUUAUCUGGUUAUAAUAUAAGCCAGACUGCACACACAUUGAUGUUUUAGCUAGUUAAGGCUUGAAGGGCAAACUAUACCAUUUGCAUACCA